AUGGAAAUUUCCAGAAAAAUGGGAGACAAGGCUGGAGAAGGAAAGAGCUAUGGAAAUCUUGGCAACGUUUAUCAAAGCCUAGGACAGUUCAAAACAGCCAUGGAGUACCAUAAACGUCAUCUAGAAAUUGUCACAGAAGUGGGAGACAAGGCUGGCGAAAGAGCGAGUUAUUGCAAUCUUGGCUCUGUUUUUCAUAGUCUAGGACAGUUCAAAACAGCCAUCGAGUACCAUAAACGUCAUCUAAAAAUUGCCAAUGAAGCGGGAGACAUGGUAGGAGAAGGAAAAAGCUAUUGCGGUCUUGGCAACGCUUGUCAGGGCCUAGGACAGUUUAAAACAGCCAUGGAGUACCAUAAAUGUCAUUUAGAUAUUGCCAAGGAAGUGGGAAACAAAGCUGGAGAAGGAAAGAGCUAUGGUAAUCUUGGCAACAUUUAUCAAGGCCUAGGACAGUUCAAAACGGCCAUCAAGUACCAUAAACGUCAUCUAGAAAUUGCUAAAGAAGUGGGAGAUAAGGCUGGAGAAGGAGCGAGUUAUGGCGAUCUUGGCAACGCUUAUCAGGGCUUAGGACAGUUUAAAACAGCCAUCGAGUAUCAUACACGUCAUCUAGAAAUCUCCAGAGAAGUGAGAGAGGAGGCUAGAGAAAGAAACAGUUAUUGCAAUCUUGGCAACGCUUAUCAGGGCCUAGGACAGUUCAAAACAGCUGUCGAGUACCAUAAACGUCAUCUAGAAAUUGCUAAAGAAGUGGGAGACAAGGCUGGAGAAGGAAAGAGCUAUUGCAAUCUUGGCAAUUAUUAUUAUGGUCUAGGACAAUUCAAAACAGCCCUGGAGUACCAUAAACGUCAUUCAGAAAUUGCCAAAGAAGUGGGAGAUAAAGUUAGUGAGGGAGACAGUUAUUUCAAUAUUGGCAACGUUUAUCAGGACCUAGGGCAGUUCAGAACAGCCAUCGAGUACCAUAAACGAGGUUUAGAAAUUGCCAAAAAAGUGGGAGACAAGGUUGGAGAAGGAAAGAGUUAUUGCAAUCUUGGCAAUGAUUAUGAUGGUCUAGGACAACUCAAAACAGCCAUGGAGUACCAUAAACGUCAUUCAGAAAUUGCCAGAGAAGUGGGAGACAAGGCUGGAGAAGGAAAGAGUUAUUGCAAUCUGGGCAAUGCUCAUCAGGGCCUAGGAGAGUUCAAAACAGCCAUGGAGUACCAUAAACGUCAUUUAGAAAUUUCUAAAGAAGUGGGAUACAAGGCUGGAGAAGGAAAGAGUUAUUGCAAUCUCGGCAACGCUUAUUACAGUCUGGGACAGUUCGAAACAGCCGUCGAGUACCAUAAACGUCAUCUAGAAAUUGCCAAAGAAGUGGGAGACAAGGCUUCAGAAGGAAUGAGUAAUGGCAAUCUUGGCAUGGCUUAUCAUUGUCUAGGACAGUUCAAAACAGCCAUCGAGUAUCAUAAUUGUCAUCUAAAAGUUGCCAAAGAAGUAGGAGACAAGGUUGGAGAAGGAAUGAGUUACUGCAAUCUUGGCAAUGCUUAUCAUUCUCUAGGGCAGUUAAAAACAGCCAUCGAGUACCAUAAACGUUAUUUAGAAAUUUCCAAAGAAGUGGGAGACAAGGCGGGAGAAGGAGCGAGCUAUGGCAAUCUCGGCAGUGAUUAUAUUCGCUUAGGACACCUUAAAACAGCCAUAGAGUACCAUACACGUCAUCUGGAAACUGCUAAAGAAGUGGGAGAUAAGGCUGGAGAAGGAGCGAGUUAUGGCAAUCUUGGCAACGCAUAUCAGGACUUAGGACAAUUCAAAACGGCCAUGGAGUAUCAUAAACGUCAUCUUGAAAUUGCCAAAGAGGUAGGAAACAAGGCUGGAGAAGGAUUGAGUUAUUGCAAUCUUGGCAAUGCUUAUCAGGGCCUAGGACAGUUCGAAGCAGCCAUCGAGUACCAUAAUCGUUAUCUAGAAAUAGCCAAAGAAGUUGGAGACAAGGCUGGGAUUGCCCAAGCUCUGUGCAGUCUUGCUCGCAGCCUUGAGGAUCUAAGCUGUCUUCAUAGCGCUCUCGACUACUUUGUUUCGAGUGUUAAAGUCUUCAAUGAAAUUCGGGCUAGUCUUCAACCUAACGACGAUUGGAAGAUAUCAUACCGAGAUGCUAACAAAGCAGCAUACAAAGGUAUUUUGCGCGUUCUAUUGAGCCUGGGUGAGCAUGUUAAAGCUCUUUUUGCAGCCGAGGAGGGACGUGCCCAAGCUCUGAGAGAUCUUGUCCAUUUGAAGUAUGACUCUGGUGAAGUUUACUUUUGGCUGAGCUCUGACAAGUUCUCUGAUUGCCUUUCGAUGAAGAAAGUUUCAUCACAUGUUGUUUUUAUAGCAAUGAGUGGACCUUACAUUGCUUUGUGGGUUAUUCUGAAUGGGGAAGUCGUCCAAUGGAAAAAAUACCACGUAAACAACUUUCUGUAUGAAGACGAUUUAGAAGUUUACAUUAUGUCUUUGAAUAGGGCAGCUCUCUCGCAAAUUGGUGCAAGGGCUGCUAUUGAAUGGAAAAACAGUCCUACUGAGGUGUGUCGAGAUGAAAAAGAAGCAAACGAUGGUUCUCCACGAGUCGCAACUACAAAUGCCUUGAGGAAGCUUUAUGACAUCAUAAUUGCUCCUAUCGCAAAUCUGGUUGAUGGAAAAGAGCUUAUUAUUGUUCCUGAAGGUCCGUUUUGCUUAGUGCCCUAUGCUGCAUUGAUGGAUGCAAAUUCAAGCUAUCUGUGUGACUCUUUCAGGAUUCGAGUUGUUCCAUCCCUUACUACUUUGAAGUUAAUCACUGAAUGCCCACCAGAAUGUCACAGUAGAACCGGAACGCUACUUGUGGGAGAUCCAUGUUACAAAGGAGCCCUAUAUCAGGGUAAACCGUUGAAUCAGCUACCGGGUGCUAGGAAAGAGGUAAAGAUGAUUGGAGAAAUACUUUGCAUUACUCCUCUCGUCGGGGAAGAGGCGACAAAGUAUGAGGUGUUGACGCAAAUCUCCUCAGUUUCCUUAGUUCACAUUGCAGCACAUGGUAAAAAGGAAACAGGAGAAAUUUUCCUGGCACCAUAUACAAAGAGGGCAACCUGUGAAGCUCAAGAGGAAGGCUAUCUGCUGACAAUGAAAGACGUCUUACAAGCUAGACUGCGAGCAAGACUGGUUGUGCUAAGUUGCUGUUACAGCGGUCGUGGGGAGGUUACGGCCGAAGGUGUGGUUGGUAUUGCGCGAGCAUUUCUGGGCGCUGGUGCUCGAUCCGUUCUGGUAGCCCUGUGGGCCAUUGACGACGAUGGUACUCUGGAGUUUAUGAAAUAUUUCUAUGGCGCACUGGCUGAAGGAAAGAGUGUCAGUGAAGCUGUCAAUAAAGCCAUGAGGUGCAUGAGAGAAUCUGAAAUGUUUACCCAAGCGAGGUACUGGGCACCCUUUGAACUCAUUGGGGAUGACGUAAAUGUGGAAUUAAAAGAAAUUUAG